ACCGAGUGGCGGCAGCAAAGUGGGUGAAAUAACAAGUGUUCGAGGUGAUAUACCGUUUUGUCAUGUCAAAAAGUGGAUUUUGUUUUUGUUGUUUCUCGUUUUUAAUAAUAUUUAACAGUUAAUUAAUUAAUUAUGUCAACGACGACUGGGAAUGAGGAGGAGGUGGACACGUUAAAAUUGUCUUCUUGUCAUCUCGUCGAAGUUCUCGCGGAUGAUUCACUCCUCUGGACGUGGAGUUAUCCUCACCUGAGUCCUCAACUUCGCACGAUUUGUACGUCCAAAUGCAACGUUAUUCUGUCCCAAGGAGUAAAAAGUGUUAGAGAAGAGGAGGAUGGUACUACAGAUAAGGAAGGUGGGUUCAUGAUGCAGGGGAAGAAUUUUCACUUGGAUAACCUCUGGUUCUACGUCGUAUUUCCUGUGAGACCCAACGGAGCCAAGGUGUCAGGGUCGGAUAAUAAAGCCGUACCUGUGAAAAUGGUCGGAGUAAUCGUCGUGGCGGCGAAUUUCCAUAAAGAAAUGUACGAAAGUGUUGGCAAUGUGUUGUACUUAACGUACAUGAAGACUGGGGAUGCUUCACUUGUUCUGCAACAAUUCUUGUCCCUCGUGGUAGAGGGAAACUGUUCACUUCCAAAGAAGAAAGUUUUUACGCUUGAUGAUCACUGGUUAAGUGCGCCCUACGAUAAUCACCAAAUUAAAGAAAUAAUUUUAAGAUUUGGACUUGAAACUAUCCUGAUUUACACGGCUUUGCAGAAGAGAAAACGGAUUGUAGUGUAUCACUAUGAUAUUGAUGUUCUAUCGAAUUUUACAUUUAGUCUUCCGGCUCUCAGUAAUUCUCCUGAAGUUUGGAAAGCGAUUUAUCCAUGGAUUGAUUUAAAUGAGUACGAGUUAGAAUUUACAAAAAAUAAUGAUUUCUACAUCAUGGGCUGCACUGUGGCUGGUGUGGAGUCUAAUUUAGACUUAUUCGAUCUGUUCGUAAAUAUUCCGGCGGCUGAAAUAUCUGUAGCCCCACAUGCCAGAGAACACAUCUCGAUGAAUAAAACACACAAGGAAAUGGCCACCUUCAUGGUUCAACUUGCCAGCAGCGAAACUACGGAGGAUGAAGUCGUUGCUUCCAUUCUUAAACGUAAUGAAGAAAUUAAAGACAAACUUUAAAUUAAACAUUGUCAAGCCAUAUGAAUAUUAAGUGACAUUCCAAGUCAAACUUCUGGUCAUGUUUAUAUUUCUUUAGAUACUAAAAUCAAAUAAACGCAGCAUUACUUAUGAACAUUUGA